AUGACCAAUCAAUCAAUCUCAGCUCAAUAUUUCCCAGAGGAGCCGAAGGAGCCCGUUGUUAAAACCACCAAAGGUAGCCACUCUAAACAAGCAAUCGACAGUCUAGGCAAGGUGUUUGACGCUCGUAGUGCUUAUUUUGUUGCUGACUAUGGAAAAUCCUUAGGUAAUUACAUUGUUGACGUUGAUGGAAACGUAUACUUGGAUGUUUAUGCCCAAAUUGCUUCAAUUCCCUUGGGUUACAACAACCCUGCAUUAAUAGAGCUUGCAAAAUCGGAAAAAAUGAUUAGAGCUAUCAUCGACAGACCAGCAUUGGGCAACUUUCCAGGUAACGACUUGGAAGAAAUUGUGGCAGACAUUUUAAAGGUUGCUCCAAAGGGACAAGACAAAUUAUGGUCUGGAUUGUCAGGUGCAGAUGCAAAUGAGUUGGCAUUCAAGGCAACUUUCUUCUGGUACCAAGCUCAAAAGAGAGGUUACCACGGUGACUUUACUUCAGAAGAGGUUGCUUCAGUUAUGCACAAUCAAGCUCCUGGUGCUCCAGAAUUAGCCAUUCUUUCAUUCGAACGUGCAUUUCAUGGAAGGUUGUUUGCUUCUGGCUCUACCACAUGCUCCAAACCAAUCCACAAGUUGGAUUUACCAGCUUUCAAAUGGCCAAAGGCUCAAUUCCCAUCUUACAAAUACCCAUUGGAAGAUAACGUCGAAGCAAACAAGAAAGAAGAUGAGAGAUGUUUGCAAAUUGUCGAAGACUUGUUCAAGACCUGGUCCGUCCCCAUUGCUGGUGUCUUGGUUGAGCCAAUUCAAUCCGAGGGUGGUGACAACCAUGCUUCAGCCGAGUUUUUCCAAGGAUUGAGGGAUAUCACCUUGAAACACGGCGCAUUGUUAAUUUUGGACGAAGUUCAAACCGGUGUCGGCGCUACUGGUGUCAUGUGGGCACACGAGAGGUUCAACUUGCAACCACCUCCAGACAUUGUCACAUUUUCAAAGAAGUUUCAGUCUGCUGGUUACUUUUACCACGACCCAGAAAUCACUCCAAACUUAGCCUAUAGACAAUUCAAUACUUGGUGCGGUGAUCCGGCUAGAAUGACUUUAGCAGGCGCAAUUGGUAAGGAAAUUGUCAAACAUGAUUUGACUACGAGGGCAUCAGAGGUUGGUGAUUACUUGUAUAAGAAGUUGGAAAAGUUGCAAGAAAAAUACCCUAAACAUUUGCGUGAUUUGAGAGGAAAAGACAGGGCCACAUUCAUUGCUUGGUCUAUGGAAAACGGUGCUGCUAGAAACAAAUUCUUGAGCGACAUGAAGGAUGCUGGUGUCAACAUUGGAGGAUGUGCAGAGGAUUCAGUUAGAUUAAGACCAACGUUGGUGUUUGAGGAGAGGCAUGCUGAUAUCUUGGUUGAUGCAAUUGAGAAGGUCUUGUCGAGCUACUGA